AUGUCGGGCGCUGUAGGCCGAGAGGCAGUCUUCCCCACUCGCCAAUCAUUGGGGUUGAUGAAGAACAAACUGAAGGGAGCAGAGAUUGGCCAUAGCUUGUUGAAGAGAAAGAGUGAAGCUCUAACAAAACGCUUCCGAGACAUUACACGCCGUAUCGAUGAAGCCAAACAAAAGAUGGGCCGGGUCAUGCAGAUUGCAGCAUUCUCAUUAGCUGAAGUCAGCUAUGCCGUCGGAGGAGAUAUUGGUUACCAGAUCCAGGAGUCUGCCAAGCAGGCCCGUUUCCGCGUACGAGCCAAGCAAGAGAACGUCUCUGGUGUUCUCCUGCCUACAUUCGAGAGUUACACACAGGAGGGUGUCAAUGACUUCGGACUAACAGGUUUGGGUAAGGGAGGCCAGCAGAUUCAACGCUGUCGGGAAACAUAUGCACGGGCUGUGGAGACGCUGGUGGAACUUGCCAGUCUACAGACUGCUUUCUUGAUCCUGGAUGAAGUGAUCAAGGUUGUCAACCGAAGAGUAAACGCCAUCGAGCAUGUCAUCAUUCCUCGAACUGAGAACACUAUCAAAUACAUCAACUCCGAACUCGAUGAGCUUGAUCGAGAGGAAUUCUAUCGAUUGAAGAAGGUCUCAGGCAAAAAGCAAAGAGAUGUUGCUGCUGCCGACGCCGAGAUCCUUGCAGCCCGUCAAAAGGCAGUAGCGGAUCGGGCAGCGGAGCAAGCAGCGAACCCAGAAGCACCUACUGAUGCUGCUGCCGCUGUCCCCGUUAAAGAGGAAGCGCCUACAGAUGUCUUGGGCGAGGAUGAAGAUAACGAUGUCAUCUUCUAG